UCAUCCCCUCCCUCGUCCCCUACCUCAUCCCCUACCUCAUCUGAUGUCACAACAGGGACCACGCAUCUGCCUCCCCACCCACCUAAUGCAUCUACCCCCCUCCCAAAUACUACAUCUCCUGCUAUAAACGUCACAGAACUCACAACUGCUUCUCUAGAACUCAGUACCACUCAGAUGCCCUCUGCUACGCAAAGCCAUUCCCCAGGGAGCGCUACUACGGAGCUCUCCCAUUCCAUCACCACCUCGUCAUCAGUGUCCAGUAACACAAACAGUACAAUCCCAGGUCCUACCAAGCCUUGCGAAAGUAAGCCGUGUGGAGGAGAUGCUUCCUGCGUUAACCUGUAUAGUACUUACAUUUGCCUGUGCACGGAGGGGUAUUACUUCAACUCUGGGGCGUGUCUGAGAGGAAAGACAUUCCCUGGACUGAUUACGGUAAAAGGAAAUGAUGUAUCUGACUUGCAAAAUGGAGGCUCUUUAGCCUACGAAAACUUCUGGAAUGAUACUACCACAUUUUUCCAAAGUGCAUUUGCCAAAACAGAUUACAAACAGACUGUAAUUCACACAAUAAGCACAUCUUCUCUACAAGCAAGAUUUGUAUCAGUAAUGGCAAAAGUAGUAAACAUCUUUGAACAGAAUACAACUGAAAAUGAAACAAGUGUAUCUGCUAAAAUUAAUGAUACAAUCACAAAUUCAAAUAACAUUUUGGCAUAUUCAGGUGAAAAUCGGUGUGACUACUACGGGUGUAAAGAUGACCCUCAAGAUAACUGCCUCAGUGGUUCAAACUGUCAGUGUAAAGAUGGGCUGCAGAGACCCUUCCUCCAGUCCCCCUUCUGUCUUGAAACUUUCCAGUGUCCCAAAGACUGCAACCCAGAGAACAAAAAGCAGUGCUUGAAGGACAGCACCGGACGGGUGGUGUGUAAGUGCCUUCCAGGCUACAGGAAGACGGACGGUGACGACGCCUGCCAAGAGUGUCCAUUUGGUUACAGCGGAAUGAACUGUGAAGACAAAUUCCAGCUGAUCCUCACUAUUGUGGGCGCUGUUUUGGGCGUCUUGGUUCUCGGCUUGCUGAUUGCGUUGGUCAUCUCAGUGAGUUCCAGUAACAAAAAGAACAUCGAAGAGCAGAACCUGAUCGAGAAUGACUUCCAGAAUCUACACCUGCAGCACACAGCCUUCAGCAACCCGAAAACCAAAGGCAGCCUCUUCCCUGAGGUCAGGACCCAGCCGUCCCGCGCCCACCAGGGCUUCAACCCCUAUGGAGACCAGUAACGCGCCCCACUGGACUGCUGGAAUGAUGAAAAUUCAGAACCUCCACGGCCCCAGCCCAUUGUACAAGCCACUAUUUUGAGAAUUUAGAAGGACGUGGAGAAGCACGCAUGGUGCACACUGAACCAUCAGACACCUGCUGGCCUCUGAACAGAGACUCUGAAUAGUGCAAGAACAUUACACCCUACUAAAGAAGCAUCGAUGAAAUUAAGUGCUCACACGUGCCAUUAGCACUUGCAAGAUAGGUUAUUUUUUUCUGAUCGUACAAAGCGCCUGGACAAUGAUCAGUUUUGUCUGGGUUUGGCUGGUGUUUUUCCCUGGUACAACCUAGAGAAGGGUCCCCAGCACUAGUAUCCUGGUUCUUGGAAGAAUGUUAUUCUUUAGUUGACAGCUGGUGGAUGUGUGACCUAACUUUCCAAUCAGCUGUGGAGCUCCCAGGAAAGGAAGGACACACCAACCUUCACGUUUACUCUCCAACAGGACAGAACAGUGACACUGCUUCUGUCUCUCCCACACCUUUUAAUUGCUGGAAUCUUGUGACCUGACCUAACCCCCAAGAGGCAGGAAACUUGUCUCUGAGGUUUUUCAGGACUCAUUGGGAAUCUGGAACUUUUUGACAUUAAUUAGAAGGGCUAGAGCCCAGCAUAGUGAUGCAUAUCUAUAAUCCCACAUACCAGGAUGCAGAGGCAGGACGAUUGCAAAUUCAAGGCCAUCCUGAGCAAUUUAUUGAGAUCCUGUCUCAAAAUAAAAGUUUUAGUGAUGUAGAUUAGUGGUGGAACACUUGCCUAGCAUGCAUCAGGCCCUGGUGCAAAAAAAAAUACUGCCACAAAAAAAUAAAUAAAAGAAGGUGUAGACCAGAAGUGUCUAGAAUCUGGUACAAGAGGUUGGAAGGAAACACAGCACCAGAGGCAGGAGAGAGCCGAAAGCGUGGUGGAAAGAUGGAGGGAGCAGGCGCCCGCCCCGCUGAGUGCCCCUCCUCUGGGAGCAAAGGAGCACUUCCUGUAGCACGCACUGUUCCCACAGCCAGAGCCGAGGAAAGGAAGCCAAGCAGGAGCCAGUGUGAGCACACUCUGAAGUCACAGGCCUUCGGUUCCGUGGCGGUGGCCACAAGGAGCUUGUGUCCAGAGUCCUGGUGUCCUGCACUCCUGCUGCAAUUUGCAGACUGACGUCACUAGGGCCGCUGCUUGUCCUGUUGACAGAGGCUUAGCUGUGACCACCAGCACCCCAAGCUCAGGGCGCCCACAUCCGACAGGCAUCGUGAGUGUAGAUCGUGUGCUUGUGUGUGUCUGAUGUCUGACCCCCUUGAAGGUAAUUUUGUUUGUUAUUAUCACUUGUACUUACAAUAAAAUGUCUUUGAUCGGUGCAA